AAAUAUUUAUUGCCAACUGGAUAUGAUUCAUCAAAUCACGGAACGUUGUGCUUCAUUUCUUCAUUUUACAUCUGAUAAGAGUUUGACUUGGAAAGUUCAAAGAAACUCCUAUAUGAGCCACCAUGUUCUUUAGCUAUAACCUUAGAUCCUUGUUUCCCACAAUCUUAUGUCUUGUAAUCUCUCAUGAGAAGCAUUCUUCUCUCUCUCUUUUGGCUUCCUGGGUUGCAACGAUGAAACACAACAACAAGCAUCAUCUUGCCUUGCUUCUAUUUCCAAUAAUCCUGUUUUGUCAGCCCAUAUCAGCUAUAGAUUUUGUCUUCAAUGGCUUCAAUUCCUCUAGUGUUUCACUCUAUGGCUCUGCCGUCUUUGAAUCUCGCAUCCUUACACUUACAAAUCAAACAUCUUUCACAAUUGGCCGUGCUUUAUACCCAAAAAAGAUACCGACCAAAGCUCCAAAUUCUUUUGUGUAUCCAUUUUCCACUUCUUUCAUUUUUGCUAUGGCUCCUUACAAGAAUGUUCUUCCAGGCCACGGCUUGGUUUUUCUUUUUGUGCCCUUUACAGGCAUAGAAGGUGCUAGUGCAGCUCAGCAUUUAGGUUUUCUUAAUCUCACAAAUGAUCGUAUCCCAAAUAAUCAUAUGCUUGGCAUCGAGUUUGAUGUGUUCUCAAAUCAAGAAUUCAAUGAUAUGAAUGCUAAUCAUGUUGGAUUAGAUGUUAAUUCACUCACAUCAAUUGCAGCAGCUGAUGCAGGCUAUUGGGCUGAUAAUUCAAGAAGUAGCAGUAGCAAUGGAAACAGCAGUGAUGAUGAUAGGAAGUCUUUUAAGGAACAGAAGCUAAAUAAUGGUAAAAACUACCAAGUUUGGAUUGACUAUGCUGACUCUUUGAUUAAUGUUACUAUGGCUCCGGCAGGUAUGAAAAGGCCUAGCAGGCCUUUGUUGAAUGUUUCUCUUAAUCUAUCUGAAGUUUUUGAGGAUGAGAUGUAUGUGGGUUUCACUGCUUCAACAGGACAACUUGUUCAAAGUCACAAGAUUUUGGCUUGGAGUUUUAGUAAUUCCAAUUUUUCGUUAAGUGAGAGGUUAGUCACUACUGGGUUGCCAUCGUUUGUGCUUCCGAAAGAUCCAUUCUUUCGGUCUAAAGGGUUCAUUUCAGGAGCCACAGUGGCAGGGGUGCUUCUUGUUGUUUCUGCUGCUACGAUUUUUUGGUUUUUUAUCAAGAGAAGACAAAGGAAAGCAAGGGAGAGAGCAGAAAUGGAGGAUUGGGAACUGGAGUAUUGGCCACACCGAAUUACUUGUCAAGAGAUUGAGGCAGCAACAAAAGGAUUCAGUGAAGAAAAUGUCAUUGGAAUUGGAGGAAAUGGAAAGGUCUACAAGGGUAUGCUACCAGGAGGGACAGAGAUUGCUGUGAAGCGCAUUUCACAUGAAAAUGAUGGGAUGAGGGAGUUUUUAGCUGAAAUUUCUAGUCUUGGAAGGUUGAAGCAUAGGAGCUUGGUGGGUUUCAGAGGUUGGUGCAAGAAAGAAAGAGGAGUCUUCAUGUUGAUAUAUGACUACAUGGAAAAUGGAAGUCUGGAGAAAAGGUUGUUUGAUUGUGAUCAGAGUAAAAUGUUGAGUUGUGAAGAGAGAAUAAGGAUUUUGAAAGAUGUGGCUUCUGCAUUAUUGUAUUUGCACGAGGGAUGGGAGUCUAGAGUCCUACACAGGGACAUCAAGGCCAGCAAUGUGUUGCUUGAUAAGGAUAUGAAUGGAAGGUUAGGUGAUUUUGGAUUGGCCCGAGUGCACGGGCAUGGUCAAGUGCCAAGCACCACACGGGUGGUUGGAACCAUAGGAUACAUGGCGCCUGAGGUUGUUCGUAGUGGAAGAGCCUCAGCUCAAACGGAUACGUUUGGUUUUGGGGUCUUGAUUUUGGAGGUCAUGUGUGGAAGGAGGCCUAUAGAAGAAGGGAAGCCACCUUUGGUGGAGUGGUUAUGGAAAAUGAUGAUGGAAGGGAAACUACUUCAUGCCUUGGAUGAGCGACUGAAGGCGAGAGGAGAUCAGUUCGACGAAGAAGAAGUAGAAAGAAUUCUUCAUCUAGGCUUACUGUGUGCAUAUCCUGACCCUAAAGGCCGGCCAACAAUGAGGCAAGCAGUGAAGGUUUUGGAGGGCAAGAAUGAGGUUAAUGAGAUUGAAAUUGAGGAUAUGGAUACAUAUUUGCUCAAACAGAUGAAAUCCAAGGAUUGGUGGGCGGAUUAUUCUCAAAGUUCUAACUCUGGAUUCCAUCCAACUUUUGAUGAAAUUAGACGAUACCAGUCAUCUUCAAUGUCUCUAUCUUGGACCAAUACUACAAUGGAGGGGCAAGCUUGGAAGGAGCUGAAUCAGAAGUUGGCAGAACCCAGAUUCAAGAGCAUCUAAAUUGAAACAGCGGGGAGGGAGAUUUGAUUUUGAGUUGAACCUUUUUUUUUUUUAUCGAUUAAUGUUUUUUUUAUUAGUUAUUAAUGUUUGUUUGAGAGGGACAAUAUUGUAGAGGAGAAUCUUUUGUUGUUUUUGUACAAGGAAUAGUUAUAGUUAGCAGACUGGUGUGUACAAAAAUACAGCAAAUUCAGUGAUAAUUUAAAAGAUGAGUUUUAGUUUCUUUAUUCGUAA